GGCCUUGGGGAUCCCGCAGUCCCCCCCUUCCUCCCUCUCCCUCCCUAACCCCACACCUUCAGACCUCCUCCUCCCCUCCACCCGCGGCUGCCGGAGCCCCCACACUCUGGUGAGUGGGAACCCAGAAGCCACCAAGGCUGGCCUCGGGCUAGAGACGGGGCGGGGAGCGCAGCCGCAGACCGCGCGUCCUGCAGAGAGAACCCAGGCAAGGACUGGCUCCCUCCUCCCCACGUGGCCCAGGGCUUCCGGGAGCCGGAGCUCCCACACUCGGUCCAGGCCGACCCUGGGUCGUCUCAGCUCAAGCCCUAAGCCUGAAGCCUGGGCUGGCCCUUAUCGAACUUUUGGAAGCCGCCUAGGUUGCUGCUAGGGGUCGACCAAUUGACAAAAGGGUGUAACUCGAGGCUGUCUACCUGCGCACUGACAUGGUUAUACUUCAUGCAGAGUAGUAGAAGAAGAGAGGACGAGACCUCGUCGCUAAAAGCAUCCUCUUCUGGAGCCCCAGCUGUUCCUUCUGCCUCUGCUCCUGUCUUCACAAGGCCGUCUCCCCUCUCAUGGAAUUAGGGACCACUUCUAAUGACCUCAUCUUAACCUGAUGACAUCUCCAAAGACUGUUUCCAAAUAAGGUCACAUUCACAGGGCUGUGGGGAGCGUUGAAGCAAGUUAAUGGACACAUAACGCUCAGAUGAGUGCCCAGUACUCAAUAAUCUCCGGGCUUUUGUUGUUGGCAUCUUUGCGCCCGAGGGUGUCGCAAGCGGAGGCGGCGAGGACAGGGCGCCUCCGGCCCAGCCAGCCGGGCGGUAUGCGGCGCGGGCAACAGCGCUAAGCGCCCCCACGCUGGGCACGGGGCGUCCUCGCUCCAGGCGGCGGGCCGAGCGGUGGCGGUGGAGGGGAUGCGCCCGGGACGUGCAAGGCUCCUACCGCGAGCUACCGCCCCGAGGUGGACCCCCAGCAGGGCUCAACGCAGGACCGCGCGGACCCCUGCCCCCCGGGGCACGCGGCUGCGGAGCCUCGGGGCCGCAUCUGCGGUCAGGAUGCCCUGGGUGCCUCCCUGCUGGUGAGGAUGCCCUGCUGCGCGGCUCUGCACCCCCGGCCCCGGUCCCUGGUAGGCACGACUGAGAGGGCCAGACUUCGGCCCCUGGUGCCGGUGGAUGAAAAGCGCCGGAGUCCCUGAGUGCGACCAGCGAUCGAAUCUGAAUUCUAAGAGCCAUGGACGAAGGCACUGGGCAGCAGCCCCAGGCGGGAGAGCAGCUGGAAGCGCAAGCCACAGUAGGAGCUGUCCGAGAGAAGUGCGAACCAGAGACCUUUAGGUCCAAGAGUUUACCCGUCCUGAACAGCGCCUCCUGCCGGCCAGACCUCAGUCCUGCGAGUACAGGCGCAAAGGCAGCUUUUGGCUGUACAGAUUCUUUGGGCCGUCAGGAGUCGAAACAGGGCCCAGGCGGGUUGGCCCCCAGUCCCUCUGCUCCGUCCACUUCGGCAGAGAUGGCAGGGCUCAUGGAAUGUAACCACAGGGUGGAAGUCAGCAAAGCCGUGUCGGUGUCCUCCACGCUGGCCACACUCCAGGGGAGAAGGUGCCUCUAUGUGGUCCUCACUGAUUCCCGUUGCUUCCUGGUUUGCAUGUGUUUCCUGACCUUCAUCCAGGCGUUGAUGGUCUCCGGCUACUUGAGCAGUGUCAUCACCACCAUCGAAAGGCGCUACAGUCUGAAGAGUUCUGAGUCGGGGCUACUGGUCAGCUGCUUUGACAUUGGGAGCCUGGUGGUGGUGGUGUUCGUCAGCUACUUUGGCGGCCGGGGUCGGAGGCCCCUGUGGCUGGCCGUCGGUGGACUUUUCAUUGCCAUCGGGGCUGCCCUCUUUGCUUUACCUCACUUCAUCUCGCCUCCCUACCAGAUCCAAGAGUUGAAUGCCUCGGCCUCCAACGACGGCCUGUGUCAGAAUGGCAACUCGACGGCCACCUCGGAGCCUCCCGCCUGCCUGAAGGACUCAGGAGGAAAUAAUCACUGGGUCUAUGUGGCUUUAUUCAUUUGCGCACAGAUUCUCAUCGGAAUGGGUUCCACACCUAUUUAUACCUUGGGACCAACCUACUUGGAUGACAAUGUCAAGAAAGAAAACGCAUCCUUGUACCUAGCCAUCAUGUAUGUCAUGGGAGCACUUGGUCCUGCAGUGGGAUAUUUAUUAGGUGGACUUCUUAUUGGGUUUUAUGUCGAUCCCAGAAAUCCUGUUAACCUUGAUCAGAAUGACCCUCGUUUCAUUGGAAACUGGUGGAGUGGAUUCCUCCUUUGUGCCAUUGCAAUGUUUCUUGUGAUAUUCCCAAUGUUUACUUUUCCAAAAAAGCUUCCUCCUCGACACAAGAAAAAGAAAAAGAAAAAAUUUUCUGCUGAUGUUGUUAGUGACGAUGACGUUAUGAAGGAGAAAUCAAACAAUAGUGAACAAGUGGACAAAAAAGUUUCUUCUAUGGGAUUUGGAAAGAAUGUCAGAGACCUACCAAGAGCAGCUGUCAGGAUCUUAAGCAACAUGACAUUCCUUUUUGUGAGUUUGUCAUACACAGCUGAGAGUGCCAUUGUAACUGCUUUCAUUACCUUCAUUCCCAAGUUCAUCGAGUCACAGUUUGGUAUCCCAGCUUCCAAUGCCAGCAUCUACACUGGUGUUAUUAUUGUCCCCAGUGCCGGUGUGGGGAUUGUCCUGGGAGGCUACAUUAUAAAAAAACUGAAACUUGGUGCAAGAGAAUCUGCAAAACUAGCCAUGAUCUGCAGUGGUGUAUCCUUACUGUGUUUUUCCACCCUGUUUAUCGUUGGAUGUGAAAGUAUUAAUCUAGGGGGCAUAAACAUCCCAUAUACAACAGGACCUUCUCUCACCAUGCCUCACAGGAACCUGACAGGAAGCUGCAAUGUUAAUUGUGGUUGUAAAAUACACGAGUAUGAGCCAGUCUGUGGAUCAGAUGGAAUUACAUACUUUAACCCUUGUCUGGCUGGCUGUGUUAACAGCGGUAAUCUUAGCACUGGGAUAAGGAAUUACACAGAAUGCACGUGUGUCCAAAGCCGGCAGGUGAUCACCCCGCCCACAGUGGGCCAGCGCAGUCAGCUUCGCGUCGUUAUUGUCAAAACCUAUCUCAACGAGAACGGCUAUGCUGUGUCCGGGAAGUGUAAACGGGCCUGCAAUACCCUUAUCCCGUUCUUAAUUUUCCUUUUCAUAGUCACCUUCAUCACAGCAUGUGCCCAGCCAUCAGCCAUCAUAGUAACACUCAGGUCGGUAGAAGAUGAGGAGAGACCUUUCGCGCUGGGGAUGCAGUUUGUUCUAUUGCGAACACUUGCAUACAUUCCUACUCCAAUUUACUUUGGAGCAGUCAUUGACACCACCUGCAUGCUCUGGCAACAGGAAUGUGGGGUACAAGGCUCUUGCUGGGAGUACAAUGUGACCUCGUUCCGUUUCGUCUAUUUCGGUUUGGCCGCCGGCCUCAAAUUUGUUGGCUUUAUUUUCAUUUUUCUGGCCUGGUACUCCAUUAAAUACAAGGAGGACGAGCUGCAGAGGCAGAGGUGGAGAGAGUUCCCUCUGAGCACCGUGAGCGAGAUGGUGGGCCACUCGGACCAUGCCCACAAGGAGGCCCGGACUAGAUCCUGCCCAGCUCUCGGCAGCCAGGGGGGCUUCUGCGAAGAGACUGGCCUGCGGAAAGGCGUCCACUGCACAGCACAGACCUACCCGGGGCCCUUCCCCGAAGCAAUAAGCCCGGCCCCGGCCCCGGGGCUCGAAGAAAGCCCAACUGCCACAGAGCCUCCCUCCUGAAGCUUGAAAACGGAAGACUUUAGUUUUGUUGGUUGAGUCGAAUAUGGCAACUUGAGAAACACCCGUGCCUUCUUUUCUUUCUUUCUUUUUUUAACCUCUAAAGACAUGAUCCUCAGACCAACGAAACUCAGUAUACACAGCCACUGUUGAUUGAGGGCUGGAUACCUCAACAAGACUGACAGCCUUCUCCCCCCCCUUCUCUCCAAGAAGGAGGAGUUUAGAUAGAGUUGUUACCAUUUCUGCUAUGUUAAUUUAAUGCUCAUGUUCCGGUGUGGUAUAAGGCUGAGAGGUGCCUGGUUAUAACAAAAUCACGGGAAGUGUAAUGGCGGAGCAUAUCAUUAGCAUACACUCCAAACCGAGGUGAGCUUGACCAUGACUUUGCAUUUACAAAUCAAGGUUUUUAGAUAUGAACACCUACUGUGAGUCCCGCUACAAAGCACAAAUGAAUUUGCCUCAACUAUGCAAUUUUGAUGGGGAAAAUGUAAGUGCAGCAUGUUACUUUUGCUUUCAGAGACUAGAAGCAGGUACGUUUUUGAAAAGAGGACAAGAAACUUUCCCUAAAGUACUGUUAAUAGCAUUUUAAGCCAUAGCAGAGUUAUAAAUCAGGUAGAAUUUUUCAAAUGCUUCAAAGGAAUCAUACGCAUAGUGUGAUAAAAGGAACUGCUACUUUCUUCCAUAAGACACGUUCUCUGCCCCAUUAUAAGGUAAAGAGUCUGCUGGAUCAUAAAUCUGAGAGCUUGAAUAGAAACUCCAGUAUUCUUUUUGCCAGGGGCUUUAAAACUAGUGUGCUAAACAAUGUGGCUAGAGAUGAACUCGAGACGUAUCGUAAGGAGAGAAACUGAUGGCUUUCUCCUCCAAAGAAAAAUGCUACAGAAAUCCUUUCGGCUCUUACGGGCCCACACAAGGGUAGUUAAGAACUGUAACCUUGACACUCAAAAUAGGUGGGAAAAGAAAUUCCACAAAGGUACAGUUGAGUCCCAUCUGAUCGUUUUAGUUAUACGUCCAGAAGCCCAGCAAGUCUGCCCUGUUUUCUUUUUUAUGCACAGAAAAUUGCUAUGGUUGCCCCCUGAAACUGAGUAGUUAAAUCAGGAAAGCUACACCUGUGAUAUAAAAUCACUUUGAAUACAGGAGGAGGGCGAUCGGUGACCUGGGCCCAGAGUAUGAUCCUAAAUAAUGAUCGCAAGUUACUUAAAAUCAGCUUGUCUGUCAUCCUGAAUUCUACUUUAUCAGAGUUCGAAUGAUUUUACGCCUCCCUUUGAUUCCUGUAGUCUUCCUGAAGCAAUUCUGAGAGAGGAUUUUUCUGUUCCUAAAUGCACUUUGGAUUCUUACCCAUCAUCUUUUUCAGUUCCUCUCAGCACAUCACUUUGACUUAGGCACCACACAGAAUGCUUUCUACAUGGUUCUUAAGGUAGCUGCUUCCUGCCAGCACUACGGGCUGAUAGCAAGUUAACUCUUGGGAUCUGGCGGCUCAGAAAAAGAAUCCUGACAAUCCAGAUUUAGGAGGGACUGUGGUCCAAAUACCAACAUAAUUGUGAGCAGUUUCUGCCAAGGAGCCUAUGCUUAUGUAGGGGCUGAGUUGGGAAAUGAUUCCCUUGGCUGGCUUACACUCUUCCACGGAGGGCAAGUGAUUGACAGAAUUGUCCCAUGAUUCAGGCUUUUGCCCUUCAUCCUUGGCUGCACUGGUGGAGUUGUGCGAACGUUCCUGGGGCCAAGAUUGUUUUCCCCUCUACCUAAGAACGGCGUUGUCAGGUGGCUCUCUUGGUUGCACGCAGUUUGUGGACAGAGUUAUCACUCUUAGACUGAAUAAUGUGUACAAGGGGGGGAGCCGGUGGUCUCGGGUGACAAGGACUUCCCUUUGAGCAGUCUCGUUGGCUGAGUCCUAAGUCCUAAGUUGCCUGGAAUUGCACUGUUGUUUGUCAACCUUCGGUCAGUAUAGCGUGUAUCGAACGUCUUCAGAGAAUGUUGCUGAUUAACUGAGUGUCCGCUCUGGUGCUUCGGGGCUCCCGUUUACUCUCUGUGGGAGAUCUUUGCUUCUUUAGAAGGGAAAGUUUCCUUUUGUGUUGGAGCUAAAGAUACACAGGUUGGGGAGAGGCGGUGUUUUCUUAAUUUUCCUCUAAUUGCUAAGGAACUACAUGGAGAGAAUUUGGAUGGGAGUAGCACUUUUUUUUUUCUUUUUCCUUAAAGCCAAGAUUGUAUGAUCCCACACUCUUAGAAUCUGUUUCUUCUUGGUAGUAUAUUUUGAAAAGGAGCUGCUCUCAGAACUCCCAGGUGACAAGUGAUAGACUCUUUGGGUACGACUCGAGAGCCCUCUUUUUCUACCUUGAACAGUCAUCCAGUUCAGCAACCUCGACCAGGUGCCACUUCUCUAUUGGGCACAAUUUUAGCCAAUUACCAUCUGCCACUCAGUGAAAUUGUUAGGUUGACUAGGCCAGAAUUCAAAGAAAUUGGCCCAAAUUAUACACCACAAUGUUAAUAUUGUACUUCCUCAAGUAUGUGAUACUUAUAAAUAGCAGGUGUAUCAUUAGUGUGUUGUUGGUAAGUGUAGAGUAAGUAGUGAAAAUCAUGGAAGACUGAAAUUUUGAAAUAUGUACCAAUUAAGAAUUGUCCCCAAAAUGCUUUGGGUCCCGGUAGCAUCCUUGGAAUAUUGCAUAAUCAACUAAAGUGACUAUUUUAUAAAUGGCACCAUUUCAUAGUAGAUACGAGGUUCUUCUCUGCUUGCUACUUUAUAGUUACGGCUUCUAUUAUAAGUUUAAUUCCCACUUUCCAUGAGCUUAGAUUCUAAUCGCCUGUUUUGGAAAAAGGUCACCUUGUUCUUUUAUCAACUCUGUAGAUUACUGUAUUAUUUGGCUUUAAUAUGCAAAUGUAAUAUCCAUGAGUCUAGCCUAUUAAUUUAGAAACUCCCAGGGGGAGGGUGGGUGGUUGGAGCACAUUUUUUUUUUCAGUUCUCUCCAUUAGUAUGAAAUCCUUAUCCUUUGUAGGUGGAUUUAAUUCUUGAAAAUAGUCAAAAGUCAUUCAGAACGAAGGUUGGGUGGGAAGGAGAGCACAGAAGAAACAAAUUAGCUUUUUUUGAGGGUUGACCAUUUCAGAGAAUUCUGUCAGACACCUAAUAUACAUCAUUUAUUUUAAUACUCUUAAUAACUUUGCAAGAUAACUAUUUUCAUUCUGUGUUGUUGUUGUUUCUUUUUAAACAGAUCAUGAAAACUGAGACACAGAGAGGUAAAGAGACUUGUUUAGGAUUCUAGAGAAUGGCCAAGUCAGGGUUCAGAAGCAGCUUUCUGUCUCCACCACCUGCUUCUUAUGUUUUAUGAUGCCCACAAUAGCGUUGGUUAACAAAGACAAGUGCGGCUCUAAUUUAGCGAGGUAAAGCAUUUCAUUUUUUGAUGUGUUACUGUUCCUGAAGAGUAGGGAAGUUAUUAUUUCUUUGUGUAGGAGAGAAAACAAAAAUCUGUAGGAAACCUCAAAAUUUAUUGUUUAGAUUUUCAAGGUAAAUUUACAUUGAUUUUUAGCGAAGCGUUAUACUCAAAAUUGUCACAACAUACCUCACUUAUUUAUUUAUGGUUCAUAUUUAAUAUAGAACAAAUCCAAUGUUGAUGUUAGCAUUGAGUCCCAGUAGAGUUUCUGAAAUGAAACAUGAGGAAAUGUGGUUCAGAAUUUUUGAAUCUGAACUUUGGGGAAUUUUAAGUGUAUGCUCUUUCUUUUUCUUUCUUUCUUUCUUUCUUUCUUUCUUUCUUUCUUUCUUUCUUUCUUUCUUUCUUUCUUUCUUUCUUUCUUUCUUUCCUUCCUUCUCUUUAAGAAUGUUAACAUUUCCAUUAAUUUUUAGUGAAUAUGGGAUUUGCGUUUCCUAAUAAAAGUUUUCAGUGAACGCAUACGAAGUGUUACACAGUGCUCCAUGUUAUACACCAGACAACUGACGGGAUUGUUCCUGUUAGUAGCUGCCCUAACAAACAGGGAGCAUGCGCUUGGAAAUCAGAGAAGGAGGAAGUACAUUUUUCACCAACUACCAGGAAAAUUCUUCCUCAGUCUGCAAUUCCAGCUUGCAUUCUUCGGUGGGCUUGGAGCCAGAAAGUUUCUUUUUGGAACCUGUUUGGCAUCAACCUAAGCGCACCAGAGAGCAGCUGUGUGGUUUGAAUGGACCCGAAGCAUUUGUGGAAAUUCUCGGGUGUGCCCAGGAGCAGCAGGAGAGCCUGACUCGGGGUUGGGGGGCAGGGGGCCGGGGAGAGCCAAGUAUACUUUCCGUGUGUGUGGACUGAAAACAUCCUAAAUGGCACAGAAACAUGAAUAUAAGUAUUGAUAUAGGUGCAUAUGGAGUAUUCUAAGUAGCAGAUAGAUACCAAAAUACUGUAUAAUCCCAGAAUUGCCUAGAUGGCAGUUGGCUAAUUCUGUUACCCAGACCAGUAGGUAGCCUUUACACGUAUUCGUAUUUCCACUUUCCUGGCGUGGGAGGGAGUGCCAUGGCUGGCCGCGAAGGUAGCAGCCUUGUGCACUUUAUCUUUUCUGUUUUCUCUCCUUUUCUCACCGUCCAGGAUGCUGCUGGCUGUAUCCGCCCCAGACUUCCUGCUACAUUGGAAUCAGAUCUGUGUAUGUUUGAACGGGUUAUUUUAAGCACUUCGUUUUUACUCAGCCCUGCGAAGGGUCGAGUAUGUUGAAAACCCUCCCUGGGUAUUUGCUUUUGCAACAUUAAAAAAAAACAACAACAAAAAACGCCUCGGUGCUAAAAGUAUUUGAUGCAUGCUCACCACAAAAUGUGCCGCUGAAUUUACAGUAUUUCACUGGUAAGGGACUGCAUGUGCUUUGCUUUUGGAAAUCUAGAGAGCUUCCCAGAACACAAGCAUUCGUUACACUCAUUACUACAGUUAAUCUGUGAACGUUACCCUGCAAAAUGGAGAGUGUUAUGGGGAACACCUUUUCUACGGAAAACUCAGCGCUUUUGAUAUUUCUUUUAGCAAGAAUAAUAAGAUGCUAAAAGUAAUUUCAGAGAGAGGGCAAAAAUAUUUCCGAUAAUCUUUUCCUAUUUCUUCUCCAAAAAAAACCUGACACUCAUGUAAAGUGUUUUUAAUAAUGGGUUUUGAAGGUGUUGUCUUUUUCUUGAAUUCUAUUACCUGUUAAAAUCAGAGGAGAAGAUAUUGAAAACUAAAGUAGUUGCAGGGACAUAUUAAACCAAAGGGGUGAACAAAAAAGAGUUUAAACUUUGUAUCUAGAAACGAAAAAUAAGCAUAAUUGAUAAAACUUUAUAGUGGGCAUUUUUCUUAAAAUACAUACCUCUACCCCAAACCCCAAGUGUUAAUUUAGAAGCACGAAACAGGCAGGUCGGCCUCUAACUCUUUAGUUCAAGGAGAUGUAAUACUGUGUCAAAUAAACUGGCAUUAGGAUCCUAAUGGAGCAUGUGUUCAGUGUGUGUGUUUUGUGUGAAAGUGUGUUGGUGACGAAAGCCUGUUUUGAGUUGUUGCCUAAAGGAGUUUGAUUUUGCGAUUUUUAAAAUAAGUAUUUAUUUGGAGACCUCUUAGGGUAAUUUGACAGAUGUAUACUUUCCUUGUGUUUAAUGAAAUCUAUUGUCAAUGUACUAAUAAACCUUGGUUUACAACA